CCCGGCUCACAGCCUUGGAAUCUUUAAGUCUCCAGCUGGAGGGUCAGGAGUUAAGACGCCCACACUCUCCUUUCAGCUCCUGCAGAGAGUUAAGGCAGGGCUUCUGCCUCUCGUAAACUCAUCUUCCAAUCCUGGAGAAGAAACGGGCCGCUUCCUCUGGUUGCCAAGCAACGGCGUCGUCCUGCCCCAGAAGUAGGUGCAGUUGGGCUACAAGCACGUGCCGCCUCUUCCGCGUUCCGGGACUACAUCCCCCAUAAUACAGCGCGCCGCAAUCGGCUGGUCUCCGAAGUGGGGGAAGGGCCAGGACGGGCCGGGAGGCGGAGCGGAAGCGGACUGCGAGGGACGAGAAGAGUAGAAUCUCCACAAGCUGGGAACCACCUUGUCCCUGAUUCUCAAUCUCGGCCUUUCUCCAUCCCGACCUGGAGGCUGUUUCGUGAAAGCGGGACGCAGCUGACGUCUGCUAAUCGACUUUCGCUUCGCCGCCCCGGCUCGGGAGCCCGUUGGCGGCCGGCGACCCUGACAAGAAGCCCACUGGCAAGAGUUAAUUGAGAGUUGGAGGCAACCUUGCUGAAGAUGAAGAAUAUACAAUAUUAGAGGAGGAGAUUUUUUUUUUUCUUUCAAAAGUCUUGAUUGUUUGGUGGCUUACGACUAGUUACCACUCUACAUUUGAGUCUGUUUUCUUCAUCAGAAAUGAUUUUUACAAUUUCAAGAAAAACUAUGUCCCAGAAAUUGAGUUUACUGUUGCUUGUAUUUGGACUCAUUUGGGGAUUGAUGUUACUGCACUAUACUUUUCAACAACCAAGACAUCAAAGCAGUGUCAAGUUACGUGAACAAAUACUAGAUUUAAGCAAAAGAUAUGUUAAAGCUCUAGCAGAGGAAAAUAAGAACGCAGUGGAUGUUGAGAAUGGCGCCUCCAUGGCAGGAUAUGCGGAUCUAAAGAGAACAAUUGCUGUCCUUUUAGAUGACAUUUUACAACGCUUGGUAAAGCUGGAGAACAAAGUCGACUAUAUUGUUGUCAACGGCUCAGCAACCAACACUACCAAUGGCACUAGUGGGAACCUGGUGCCGGUAACCACAAAUAAAAGGGUAAAUGCGUCAGGCAGCAUUAGAUAGCAGUUGAAGAUCACCUUGUGCUGCUACAUCCUCCAUGGAUCAUAUCCUAUGGCAGAAAGCUUUUCAGUUGCUGGCUAGGAUAGAAUAAUACUGUACAAUAAAAGCCCUACACAUUUCUGAGGAAUAUGCUGGAUUCACAGAACUCUAAUUCUGUAUAUAAAUUUUAAAAGUUAUUAGUUUGCUUUCAGGCAAGUCUCUUCAAAUGCUGUACUAUAUCCUUAAAGGGAAAUUGGUAACAUGGUUGAUGUAGUAAGCAGGUAGGUGAUCUUUGUAUAAAUCUUCUGUGUUUGAGAUGGAGGUAAAACAAAAACACUGAAAGACAUGGGUUCAUUUCUAUAAAAUAUUUAUUUAAAUAUGUUACAUGUUUUUUAGAGGAUAUUGUUACUGAAUCAUUUCGUCAUUUGUUCUCAAUAGGUUUAACUGUUAGACUAAUACUGUUAGAAAAUGUGCUUACUUCCAGUACUAUAUUUUGUUACUCAGAUUAUGAGCAGAGAAAGGAAGUAUAAUGUUGAAAAUAGUGUUUUGAAAUCAUGACCCAAAGAAUGUCUUCAUUUGCACUAUCCUUCAGAAUAACUGGAGGUUAAUCAUUGUAUAUUUUGAAAAAUUACGUUUGUAAAGUUAUAAUCUUGAUAUGGUUAGUAGCCAUUGUCCAUAACCUAUUCUAAACAUUGAGAUAACAU